AUGUUGGUCGAAGGAGCACGGAGGUUGGGAACUUUGUCUGAGAUGGAGAUCCAGGCAAUCCACCAAAAUUUACACUGGGAACCUAAUAACAUACAGAAUGCCAAUUAUACUUCGGAUGAGGAUGAAUUCGAAAGUGGAAACAGUACAGCAAAACUGUACGAACGAUCGCGUAUUAAAGCACUUGCAGACGAACGUGAGGUUGUUCAGAAAAAGACAUUCACAAAAUGGGUGAACUCCCACCUUUCGGUUGUGUCUUGCAACAUCGAAGAUCUAUACCUAGAUCUAAGGGACGGGAAAAUGCUCCUAAAACUCUUAGAGAUAUUAUCUGGUGAACGUCUUCCUCGACCCACAAGGGGAAAAAUGCGAAUCCAUUGUUUAGAGAAUGUUGACAAGUCCUUAAAUUUCCUGUGUGAUCAGCAUGUUCACCUAGAAAAUGUGGGUGCCCACGAUAUCGUAGACGGAAAUUCACGAUUAACACUUGGACUUAUUUGGACAAUUAUUUUGCGUUUCCAAAUCCAAGAUAUAAUUGUUGAAGAAUAUCAGACAAGUGAAACCCGAUGCGCUAAAGACGCUUUGUUAUUGUGGUGCCAAAUGAAAACUGCAGGUUAUCCCAAUGUAAAUGUUCGGAACUUUACGACAAGUUGGCGUGAUGGUUUAGCUUUUAAUGCUUUAAUUCAUAAACACCGACCUGAUCUAAUUGAAUACUCCAAACUGUCUAAAUCAGAGCCAAUUAAAAACCUGACUACCGCCUUCAGUGUUGCCGAAGAAAAAUUAAAUCUUCAUCCUCUUUUAGAACCAUCUGACGUGGCUGUUGAACAACCAGAUGAAAAGUCUAUUAUUACCUAUGUUGUUACAUAUUAUCACUACUUUAACAAAAUGAAAGCUGAUACUGUACAUUCGAAAAGGAUUGGUAAGGUCGUCAACCAGGCCAUUGAAACUGAUGACAUGAUCAAUCAAUAUGAACAAUUAACUUCUGAUCUUCUUGACUGGAUAAAGAAAACCAUAAAGCUUUUAGACGACCGUACAUUCGCCAAUUCACUUUCGGGUGUUCAACACCAGUUAGCUGGCUUCAACACUUACCGAACCGUCGAAAAACCUCCCAAGUUCAGAGAAAAAGGGGGUCUUGAAGUUUUACUUUUCACUAUUCGCAGUAAAAUGCGUGCCAACAAUCAAAGACAAUAUAAUCCACCCGAAGGAAAAAUGAUAGCAGAUAUAAAUCGUGCCUGGGAAAUGCUUGAAAGAGCUGAACAUGCACGGGAAUUAGCUGUACGAGAUGAACUUAUACGUCAGGAGAAGUUGGAACAACUUGCCUCUCGUUUCGACCGUAAAGCUGGAAUGCGAGAAACUUGGCUUACAGAUAAUCAACGACUCGUUUUACAAGAGUUCUUUGGUGAUAACCUUGCUGCUGUUGAAGCUGCAACAAAGAAGCAUGAGGCCAUAGAAACAGAUAUAUAUGCAUAUGAAGAGCGUGUAAAUGCUAUGGUUAAUGUUGCAGAGGAGCUGAAGAGAGAAAAUUAUCAUGCUCAUGAAAAUAUCCAGUUGCGGAGGGAUAAAGUACUUGCUAUGUGGCGUAAUCUAUUGGACUCACUUAGCAUUAGACGCCAGCAUCUAGAACUAAGUUUACAGUUACAACAUAUCUUCCAAGAAAUGACCUAUUUGAUGGAUUGGAUCGAAGAAAUAAAGAGCCGUCUUAAGUCGCAGGAUUAUGGUAAACAUUUGAUGGGUGUUGAGGACCUCUUGCAAAAGCAUAAUUUAUUGGAAGCUGACAUUCGUGUCCUCGGCGGUAGAAUGAAUCAGGUUGUUGACCAGGCCACCCCAUUUAUUGUUGGGUCAUUUACGCCGGAUAUGGGUGCAUACAAACCAAUUGAACCCGAAAUAGUUCAGGAGCGUACUGAAAAAUUACGUGCGGCGUAUGAUGAUUUACAUGACUUGGCGGAGGCUCGUCUUCGUGGUCUUCGGGAUUCACGGGAAAUGUGGCAAUUUUUCUGGGAUAUGGAGGAUGAAAAGGAAUGGAUCAAAGAAAAAAGCCAGCUUAUGUCCAGUCCAGACUUGGGUCAUGAUCUAAGUUCAGUAAGUCGACUUUUACGUAAACAUAAAGCUCUUGAAGAAGAGUGUCAAAUGCAUCGAGCUGUUUUAGAAGAUGCAUUGAAGCAUGGUGAACAACUUAUUACUGAUGGAAAUCAAGGUGGUGAGCAAAUAUCCCAGCGUAUCGUUGAAAUGAAUCAAUUAUGGGGUCAAUUAGUUGACUUGAUAACAGAGCGUAAACAACGCCUAAUUGAGUCACAGGAUUUCUUCCAACUAAUGGCAGACUGUGAUGAUGCAGAUGUAUGGUUGACUGACCAACAACGCAUUGUUAGCAACGAAGAUGUAGGUCUUAAACAAGCCACAACAGUGUCUUUACUGAAAAACAACCAGGAAGUUAUGGAUAAUCUUCAAAACUACCAAGAAACAAUAUCUCAACUAAAUCAAGAUGCAUCACGAGUUUCUGAUUAUCCAGACAGUGAUGCCACAGCUAUAGCACAUCGUUUAGAUGCGGUCGAUCAACAUUAUGCUUUAGUAAAAGAAUUAUGUAGAUUACGGCAUAAACGUUUAAAUGAUGCUCUUUCGAUGUAUAAACUGUUUGAUGACUCAGAUACCGUACGUACAUGGAUAACUGAAAAAGAAAAACUUUUGACGACAUUAGUUCCAAGUGACGAAAUUGAAGAAUUGGAGGUUAUUCGACAUCGGUUCGAAUGUUUCGAAAAAGAAAUGGCUGGAAACGCCAAAAAGGUUGGUAGUGUAAAUCUACUUUCAGAAGAAAUGUUAGAUAAAGCUCAUCCAGACGCUGAAAAGAUAUUAAGACAUCAAGAUGAACUUAACGCAUCAUGGAAUGAGUUAGCCGACCUUGUUGACAAACAAAAAAGACAAUUAGAUUUAUCUUACCAGUAUAAUCAAUUUUUAAUCGAAAGUUCAGAAACAGCGAAUUGGAUAAAAGAUAAAGCAAAGUUAAUCGAAUCAACCGAUGAGCUAGAUAAUAACUUGGAGGGUAUUAUGCAGCUUCAGCGUAGACUUGGUGGAUUACAACGCGAUUUAAAUGCUAUUGAGGCUAAGGUUAAGCACUUGGAUGAACAAGCCCAAGAACUUACUGAAGCAAAACCAGAAACUCAAGCUGUUGUUAUAGCUGAAAAAGAGAAGAUUCAUGACUUAUGGAAUGAACUGAAAGAGAUCGUAAAAGAAAGAGAUGAUCGACUUAAUGAUUCAAGCGAAUUGCAACGUUUCUUACAAGAUUUAGAUCAUUUCCAAAUCUGGCUUCGUCGCACACAAAUCACUGUAGCUUCUGAAGAGGUUCCAAAUAAUUUAGAGGAGGCGGAGACCCUUUUAGACCAACAUGAACAAUUAAAAGCUGAAAUCGAUGGAUAUGAAAAUGACUUUCAUCGGCUUAUGGAUUUCGGCAGACGUGUGACUGAAGUUCAGACAGAUGCCCAAUACAUGUUUUUGGCCCAGAGGUUAGACGGUAUCGAAGAAAAUUGGGAAGCUUUACGAAGAAUGUAUGAAAACCGCACCGCAGCAUUACAAGAAGGUGUCGAAGCCCAAACAUUCUUUAGAGAUGCUUUACAAGCGGAGGUCCUUCUAGCAAAAAUGGAGAAGGUUGUUUCCAAGGAAGAAGCUCCUAUCAAUUUGGAGAUGGCACAAGAAAAUCUUCGUAAUUUUGAAACCUUCCGAACGUCAUUGGUGCCAACCGAUGAAAAAAUUGACAAUGUGUUGAAUGAUGGUGCGAAAUUGGUUGGUCGUGGAAUUUUCCCUACUGAAAAGAUUCAAAAUAAAUGUGAACAACUUAAACAACGACGAGACUCUCUAAAGAGGCGAGCAGAUGAACAUGGUCAAAAACUCAAAGAACAGUUACAUCUACAAGAAUUUUGUCAGGACGUUGACGAUGCUGAAGAAUGGCUUGCUGAGAAAGCUAUGGCUAUUACAGAGCAACCGGCACCUAUUGCUCGAAGCAUUGCUGCAUUAUAUGGACGAUUUAAGGCGUUUGAAGGCGAACUUGAUGCCAACAAGGAGAAAAUUGCCAAAGUUAUUGAAGAGGGAGAAGAGCUUAUUGUAGCCCAUCCUAUGCUUCAAGUCCAAGUCGAACCGAAAAUAUCUGCCUUACGUAAGCAGUGGGAAGACCUUAACACCACUACAGCUGAUAAGAGCGCGAAAAUGGCAGAUGCUAACAGAGAAACAUUAUUCGAUGAAACUGCUAAGUCUAUGCUUACAUGGAUUACUGAAGUUAGCUCACAAAUAGUUACUACUACAGAAGAAGUUACUGAAGAAAUCGGUCUCGUUGAAAUCAAUGAACAUCUCAAAGAUCAAGAACGCAAGGAUCAAGAAUUGGCUGCCAAACGCCGAAUGCUUCAAGAUAUGGCGACUCAUGCAGAAAAACUCAAAGAACAAUAUCCUGAACGUCGUGAAGAGUUUGAACAAGUUCACCAGGAAGUGCGUAUUCGUCUUACUGAAUUAGAAGCUCCUCUAGCUGAUCGCCGUGAUCGCCUUGUUAAACAAAAGAGAGUACGUCAAUUCUUACGAGAUAUUGAAGACGAGAAGGACUGGAUUAAAGAAAAGUUGGCACUUAUUGAAGACUCAUGCAAGCUUGGAAGUUCAUUACUUGCCACACAACAACUUAUAAGACGUCAUCGCAUGCUGUCUAACGAAGUAGAUAAUCACCGUCCACGUAUUGAUGCCGUUUGUCACGAAGGCGAACAAAUGAUACUUGAAGGUCAUCCACGAAGCGAUCGAUUCCGUGAAGCCAUAGAUGAAUUAUGGGUGUUAUGGGAACAAUUACAACAUGUAGUAGGAGAAAGACAAGAACAAUUAACACGAAAUGAAGUUGCACAGCAGUAUCUGUUCGAUGCAAGCGAAGCUGAAGCUUGGAUGGGAGAGCAAGAACUUUACUUAAUGGGUGAUGAACGUGCAAAGGAUGAACAAGGCGCUAAUAACGCAAUUAAAAAGCAUGAACAACUACAAAAAACUGUAGAGAACUAUGCCACAGAAAUCCGUGGAUUAGGUGAACGAUGCCAGGCUUUAUUGGAAGCCAAUCAUCCUGAGUCUGAAGCUGUUGUCGCUAAACAGGCACGCAUUGACAAGAUGUAUGCGGGUUUACGUGACCUAUGUAGUGAACGCCGGGCAAGGCUUGAUGAGAUUCUGAAGUUGUAUCAUCUCUUACGAGAUAUUUUAGAUCUUGAGGCUUGGAUUGCAGAACGUAUCUUGGUAGCAAGUAGUCAUGAAGUUGGUGCAGAUUACGAACAUUGUUGUUUACUUCGAGAACGUUUCGCCGAAUUUUCUCGUGAAACAAAUGAACUUGGAAAAUAUCGUAUUAGUGCAGCGAAUGAAUUAUGUAACGCCCUUAUUGGUCAGGGUCACAGCGAAGCUGCUGAAAUCGCCAGUUGGAAGGAUCGAAUUAAUGAAGCAUGGGCUGAUCUACUGGAGCUCAUUGAUACACGUAUUCAACUUUUGAAAACUGCAUGGGAUCUACAUAAAUUUUUGGCAGAUUGCCAAGAUGUUCUCGAUCGUAUUGUCGACAAAGUCAGCAGUAUUCCAGAAGAAGUUGGACGUGAUGCUAAAGCUGUCGCUGCACUUCAACGCAAACACAAUACAUUUGAAUGUGAACUGGCACGUCUUGGAUCACGAGUGGAAGGGAUCGUAGAAGCGGCUAAUAGCUUACUACCGUCUUACGCCGCAGAUAAAGAGCGUCUUAUAUGUGACCGCCGGGACGAAGUUAUUCAUGCAUGGCGACAACUACAAUGUGCUGCGGAACAACGUAAAGCACGCUUACAUGAUGCCUCUGAUGUCCAUCGUUUCUUCUCUAUGGUACGUGAACUUCGUUUGUGGAUGGAUACUAUUCGUAUGGAGAUGACUACUAAAGAAAAGCCAAGGGAUGUAUCCGGAGUUGAAUUGCUGAUGAAUAGUCAUCGUAGCCUAAUGGCUGAAAUAGAUGCUCGAGAGGAAAACUUCAGCAUUUGCCUAAGUUUAGGUCGAACUCUUCUAAAUCGUCGACAUCCUCAAGAAGAAGAAGUCAGAAAAAAAUGCAUUCAGCUGGUAACUGAAAAAAUUUUGCUGAAUGACCAAUGGGCAGAGCGAUGGGAAACGUUAAGUCUUCUUAUGGAGGUAUAUGAGUUUGCUCGGGACGCUGAGAUAGCAGAUACUUGGCUUACGUCACAAGAAGCUUAUCUUAAUAACACUGAUCUGGGUGAAACGUUAGAUGAAACCUUAGCAUUGUUGAAAAAACAUUUUGCAUUUGAACGUGCAGCCGCUACACAAGAAGAACGUUUCCGAGAGUUAGAGAAACUUACAACUCUUGAAUUGAAAGCACGUGAAAGAACUCCAGAAACCGAGGCUGCCAGGCAAUUGGAAAAAGAAAGGAAAAUAGCUGAAGCUGUUAGAGAAUUUCAGCCACCUCCACCUCCUGUGUCCAUACCUGUACAAACGCCGGUUUCAGAGGCUGAUAGGCGGGCUGUGGAUAUCAGAGAUGCUGAACAAGGUAGUAGUCGUCUUCCGACGGUAACCACCCCAAGACAUGAACGUGGAAGUUCUGAUGUUGGUAAACCUGUUCCUCGUGACUUUGAAGGUGUUUUAACACGUAAACAUGAAUGGGAAACAGGCACAAAGAAAGCUUCUUCUCGCUCUUGGCAUGAGUUGUAUUUUGUCCUCUCUGCAACGUCUUUCACACUUUCUGCCUAUAAAGAGCAAAAACAUGCCAAAGAAAGACCUGGGGAUUUAUAUCGGCAUGAACUCCCUGUUAAUUUAGUGGGCGCUUCCGCUGCACCUGCGUACAACUACGCCAAACGCUCUUUUGUAUUCCGUCUCAAACUUUCGAACGGAGGUGAAUCUCUAUUUCAAGCACAUUCUGAAAAACAUAUGCAUAGCUGGGUUCAAGCUAUUAAUGCAGUGGCAUCAAGUGCAAGUGGGCAACCAAUGGAGUCUUCUUCAUCUGCUGGGGGACGAGCUGCCACGUUACCUUCUGGAGUUGCUCCUGAGUCUCAAGUAGCUAGUAGCUCUUCUGCUCCCGGGAAGAAAAAGUUUUUCACUUUAGGUCGUAAAAAGUAGUUGAUCUUUUAUUGAAUGUGCUUGUGAUACUUUUGUUGAGGUAGUAAAAAUAACUUGUGACUAUCCCUUGUCACUCACUCACUAUCGUAGCUUCUUAAUAUAGGCUCACAAAGUGCACAAGCAAUUAACUUGUCCGUGUUUUCCUUUCGCUUUAAAUAAACGCGCGCGCGCAUUUUCGUAUGAUUUUUAAACAUCCGCCUCGUUUUUUAAGUCUAUUGGUUUCGGAAGUUUUUUUAUAAAUAUGUAAGCGCGUUUAUUUUACCUCCGGUUCAAAGGCCAACACAUACAUACACAUAUAACUUCUUUAAUUAAUCACCACGUUGUUGCUGAUACUGUUGCUUUUUAAAAAAUAAUCGGAAGCAUAAAUUAUUCUUGAGAUAUUUUAAUAAUAAUCCUCAGUUUUAGGAUGUUAUUAUUGUUAUUAUCGCUAUAGUUAUUCUAUUUUAUUUUUUGUAAAGUUAUUCAAAUAAUCACUAAGUUAGUUUAUUCAUGUAUUUGUUCGUUUCUCUGUUUGUUUGUUUCUGAUUCAUUUUUAUUCCAUCACUUCAAGCUUACAACAUUAUACAUACAUACGAUGAUACAUUUACAUUGAUUACGAAAAAAAAGUAAUGAUAAUAAGCAGCCAACUUGUUAAUUUCCCAAUAAAUAACAAUACAUGUGCAUUUUCGCUUUUUUCUGUUGUUAUAUUUCACCCUUUUCUAAUAAUGAACUGCUUUAAAGAAAUUAUGAUUUCGGUUAGUUUGGUUUUAAUUUUUUUUGUGUAUUUGUUCGCUUGUUCGUCUAAAAGUAACAACUAUUGAUCAAAUUAUGAAUUAGUACUACUCAUCGUAAUAAUCAAUUAAGUCACUAAUAGUCUACAUGUUUCC